AUGGCUUUCCAUCAACCGACAAGGCGGCCGUCGCAGUUACGUGCCGCCCUCCCUUUGCAGGAGGAGGAGCGGGACGUUCCCCAGCUCCACGUUCAAGAUCCAGCAGCCACCGACGCUUCCCACUCGUGGGUGCUCUUCGAACCUGCUGAUGACACGACAACAGCCUCCUACCUCAGCGAAGAGGAGGAGUCUCUCCCUACGCCGGGCCGAUCGAGGCUUAGUGACAUAGGAAGCCUCAACACUUUCCUACAUUCAGCCCGCGAUACCGAGUCGCGGCAGUCAGGCGUCCUUUCAAGUGCUAUUGAUGACGAGUCUGUCGAAGAUGAUGCUGAACUCGACAGUCUCGACAGCCACCUACCCGAGUUUCGGACAGUCCCGAGCCUCUAUACACAAUCUGCGGGUGCUGCUGCCGCCGCCCAGAGUGCCCCUGUGCUUCCAGCCCAUGAUGGCUUGGGGUCUUUCAGGUUAGAUAACCCAGAGGUUCAGGAGCAGAUCUACGCCUUUGAAAGGUUCAACCCCAAGCGCGUGCGAAGGCGCCGCGAGAGUCUCGAGCUGGCCCAACUUGAGAUGGAAGCCGAGGAAGAGCAAGAGACGCACAAGAUGCAGAGGAUUGAGGCCUGGCGUCUAGAGCAGAGUCGCAUCCUUCUGGAAGAGAUUGGCAGAGAGACCAGACGCCGACGACAGUCCAUGGUUUCUGUCAGGCCAACCAUGACCACCGAAGAUAAGAAGGCCGAGGACCUUGCAAGCUUAAGUGCGAUAGGAAACGAAGACGACGCUGACAGCAUGGACUGGCAUUAUGAGUCGACGGAUACCAAGGAUGACGAGCGGGGUCUGCUUGCCAAAAUCACCCGCAAGGUUCUCAACGACCUAGGCAUCGACGAGAGAUUACUCUCGAUUCUGCUAGGAGAGCAACUUCCAUUAGAUGAUGACCUGUCGACGACACCCAAGACGGGUGCGGAUCUGUCCAGCACACCCACUCAGGAGACCAAUGACUCAUCUUGGCAAUUGCGGGCGUUGGAUCGCGUCGCAAAAGAGCUUGGCUUGAUGGUCAACCAGCUGUCGCAUCACCACCCCGGCGCCUUCUCGACAUAUACUCGCAUGCAACAAAUGCCAAUCCCCUACGGCGGCUUGCCAGUCAUCCCAGAGUCAGGUGCUGAUACGCCAAUGGCUCCCAAGGCACAGGAAGUGUCCACAAAGAUGCCCGAGUUCCAGCCAACAAUGGUUCAACACGCGCGCCCCAUCAACAUCCCCGCCAGCAGGCCCCAGUCGGAUCCUCCCGUACCUCUGACUCGGGAUGAGUCAACACCAUUGCCCGCAUCUUUUACACAAGAGGAGUGGGAGCAAGACCUAGACGUCAACCUCGUCUUCCGGUACUUGCGAUCCCGUUUUAGCUCGCGGUCGACGCCGUCCUCUGCCUUUACAACCGGUACUUCCCAUCUUGCCACCUCAAGUACGCCAGAUACAGCAGCUAAGGCCGCGCGGGUGCGCCAGCAUCACCCGCUCGUCUCCCGAGCCCGACCAGUAGAGCGCAGGACAUUCAAGGCGACGACGCCGUCUAGCCCUGCUGCUAUACGACACGCGUCUAGCUGUGCCAGCCAGAGCACAAGGCGAUCGGCGAGACGCAGCAGCGUUUCGUCGCGCCACUACUGGGACAUCGGAGGGUCCCUUGGAACCGGGUCAGUCAUCGCCUCGGUUGGCCCCAUGGGAAGCUGGGGCGAGGUUUGA